GUUGCACUUUCUCGGAAAAUUCCUUUCCAUUUUUCUUUUUCCUUUCCUUUCCCUUCCCCACCAACCAAUCUUUAAACGCAAACCCAGAAGAAACUCCACUGUUUCAAUGGCUUCGUCGGACGGGAAACUGGAGCUCCGUACGCUGGGCAACACGGGACUGAAGCUCAGCUGCGUGGGAUUCGGCGCCUCUCCUCUCGGCAAUGUCUUCGGCCCCGUCUCCCAAGACGACGCCGACGCCUCUGUUCGCGAAGCCUUUCGUCUCGGCAUCAACUUCUUCGACACUUCUCCGUACUAUGGAGGGACUUUGUCAGAGAAGGUACUUGGGAAGGCGCUAAAAGCACUUGGUGUUCCGAGAAAUGAGUAUAUUGUUUCCACAAAGUGUGGACGAUAUGCUGAGGGCUUUGAUUUUAGUGCUGAGAGAGUGACUAAGAGCGUUGAUGAGAGCUUGGCAAGGUUGCAGCUAGAUUAUGUUGACAUACUGCAAUGUCACGACAUUGAGUUCGGCUCCCUAGAUCAGGUGCUCAAUUGACAGAUUCCUGCUCUUCAGAAGCUGAAGGAAGCUGGGAAGAUUCGCUUCAUUGGUAUUACCGGGCUUCCAUUGGAUAUUUUUACGUAUGUUCUUGAUCGGGUGCCACCUGGGGCAGUGGAUGUGAUUCUUUCAUAUUGCCACUACAGUAUUAACGAUUCAACGUUGGACGAUUUAAUGCCUUACUUGAAGAGCAAAGGCAUUGGUGUUAUCAGCGCUUCUCCACUUGCGAUGGGGCUUCUUACUGAGAGUGGUCCUCCAGAAUGGCACCCAGCUUCGGCGGAGCUCAAGUCCGCAUGCCAAGCUGCUGCUGCCUUUUGUAAAGAGAAAGGGAAGAAUAUUUCAAAGUUAGCCAUGCAAUACAGCUUGUCAAAUAAGGAUAUUUCAUCAGUUCUGGUUGGGAUGAACUCUGUUAGACAGGUUGAGGAGAAUGCUGCUGCUGCAGUGGAACUCGCGAAUGCUGGGAAGGAUGAAGACACCCUAUUAGAGGUCGAAGCUAUUUUGAAACCUGUAAAGAAUCAGACAUGGCCUAGUGGAAUCCAAAGGAGCUGACAUCAUUCCUUUUCUGUAACCACAUUCCUCUGCUUACCCUCAAGCUGUUGUAUUGGACGGUCAAGUGGCAAUUUUAAUCCCAAAUGGAGAUCUAAAUUGAAGAUGAAUUAUAAUAGUGGCUAUAUGCUUGUCCUCUUGGAAAAUAUGCUAGAAGGUAUAAAUUAUAAAAUCUCAUCUUUGAGCCAAGAAUGUAAUAAUGUUAUCAUUUAUUGCCACUUUCACGAGCAGUUUUCAGAAAGUCAAGAGGUCAUGUGUUCGGUGUUAUUUUUUACCCUUGAAUUGUAUAUUUGAAUUUUGAACCAAUCCCUUUUGUGUUUCUGAAUAAAGCUGUUAUGGCAAGUUUGUGUUACAUAAA